AUGGCGGGAGAGGAGAACCGGAUCCACGGGCUUCAUUUGAUGGAUGAGAGAUUCACUGCUGCUCCACAAGAGACCAUAGACAUAUUUCCGUUCCACCUUCCUGGCUGUUCUUCCCUCUGGUCUUCACAGGGGUCGGGGGGGAUUCCUCUGGCCAGGAAGGUGUGUUAUGCUGUGGGCGAGGUCCCGUAUCAGAUGACAACAGCAGCUUUAAAUGUUUCCCUGCAGAUCUUUCUUCUGGAUGUCGUGCAGAUGGAGGCCUCAUACGUGUCCAUGAUUCUGUUCGUGAGUCGGGCCUGGGAUGCCGUGACCGACCCUCUGGUUGGAUAUCUGGUGAGCCGCAGUAACUGGACACCCGUCGGAAAACUCACGCCAUGGCUGAUUCUCUCCACUCCGUUUGGCAUCCUGUUCUAUCUGCUGCUGUGGGUCGUGCCACAAGGCCCGACGUCUCAGGGCCUCGGCGUGCUGCGGUUCCUCACAGCGGCCUGCCUGUUCGAGACCCUCAUGAGUUGCUACAACGUCCCCUACCUCUCACUCGGCAUGUUCCUCGGGGGAGAUCACACAGACAGAGACUCUGCCACGGCCUACAGAAUGAGUGUGAAGAUGGCGGCCACGCUGUUGGCGUCCGUAAUGCAGGGUCAAGUGAUCGCUGUGUACAACACCGAAAAGCAAGACAGCUGUGAACAUCUGGGCCAGGCUCAUGAGACGGUAGCCCAGAGCACAUCGUCACCACAAGCUGCACCACUUCAGAAAACGCAAAAGGCUUUCCUGACCUCAGCUCUGAUCAUGGGUGCCUUGUUUUUCCUCUGCAGCCUGGUUCUCUUCCUCGGGGUGAAGGAGCAGCGGGCUCCUCUCCCCUCUGGUGACCAAGUCCGACCGUCCUAUGUGACCUCGCUGAAGAUGCUGAUACGUCACAUUCCUUUCCAACGACUGGUGCUCGGCUUUGUGUUCACUGCGCUCGCUUUUCAGAUGUCCUUGGGUAAUUUUGCCCUUUUUUGCAGCCAUGCAGCUGGGCUGGGAGCCCAGUUCCAGCACCUCCUACUGGUUCUGCUGGUUUCUGCCUCGGUAGCAGUUCCUCUGUGGCAAAAAGUUCUUCUGAGAAUAGGAAAAAAGGCCACCGCUUACAUCGGCAUAUCACUCUACAUCCCAGCAGUUAUUAUAGUUGCCUGUGUUCCCAGUAACCUGCCAGUCUUCAUGAUGAUGUGCGUUCUAAUGGGAUUCAGCGUGGCAACCAUGUUCCUGCUACCGUGGUCUAUGCUCCCAGAUGUGGUGGACGACUUUGCUGCCAGACACCCCUCCUGCAGAGACAUGGAGCCCAUGUUUUUCUCUUAUUAUGCCUUCUGCAGCAAGCUGGCAGGCGGCCUGUCCGUUGGCGUCUCAACCAUGACAUUACAUUUUGUGGGCUACAGAGCAGGUGCCUGUAACCAUGGCGACGGAGUGGUGACGGCUCUGAUUGUGCUGUUCUCGCCAGUUCCUAUCGCACUUUUGCUGAUAGGGAUGGUCUUUUUUCGCUCCUAUCCAAUCAAUGAGAGGCAAUGUUUGCAGCAUCAGGAACAACUGACCCCAAUUCACCCAGAAGCCACAUCAUCAUCGGACCCAAGAGAAAACGCAACGCAGCCAUCAGUUCUGCAGCCCCAUAGAGCGACUUCACACAAUAACCCGAAGACAAACACGUUGUACAAGUCAAAUUCCUCACCCGGCUGUGAUAGGAUGUGCUCAGUAUCAAAGAGCCCCGCUGGAGAAUACAGUGGGCCAGAGUCGUUUCUCCAGUCCAAUGUAAAUCCUCCGUGUCAUAAGCAGAGACUCGGCUCACUCCAGCACUCAGGAGAAGAUGCAUUGGGCAGAAAUGAGCCUGAGAAUGAUCCCGGGCCUUCCUCUAGACGAGGGUCACAUGUGAGAUCCAAAAUGUCCUGGGUAUAGUCAGAUAUCAUCGCUUCAUGUUCAGCGUACACACAUGUUAUAUUUAUGGCAUGAUGACUCUUUUUAUUCUCCACAUAUUUUCGUGAAAUCCACUGACUUGAGAGGAAUUUUUCUUUCUGCUCCAAAUCGAAACAUGUUUUACUAAUAUAUAAUUUUACGGGGGCAUCUAGAUUGAGGUUCAUAUUAACUUCAUCUGAAUGGACAUUUGCUUUUUCUGGAUCAUGCAAUCUGGAAAUGAACAGCUCUGUAAUAGUACUCAUCGUAACAAUUUAUCCAGGAUUGUAUGGAGGGCUACAUUUUUAAUACUGAUUGGUAAAGAAACACUCCAGUUAAUGUUUUUACUGUUUUUUUGCUGUCAUAAAAAGUAUUAAUAAAAGUAUAAUCAUU